GCUCGUAGUCAUCUCAUCCCACAGGUGAGACCCCAAGCAGCCAAGCAGGCGUGACACAAUGUCUUGCGUCGUGCAGCGCGCAGAUGAUAUCACGAGGAUCGUCCAGUUCCGAGGGAACAAAAUGGCCGAAUCUAUGUAGCGGCUCGAUUUCUGGCGACGGGCUGCGGGGCGGGAGAGAUCUUUGCGCCAGGGAUGCCUUAGUAGAUGGUGCGGUAUGGUUAAGAUUUGAGUUCUUCGCUGGGCCUGUCGUACUAAGCACCUCAAUGCGACAUGAUUCCAGAGCGUCGGCUCCUCUCCCAUUGUUUCAGUCGGUUGGUAAUCUUCUCAUGAUCUGCAUCUCCUUUGGAUGGUUCCAAAUGUCAUAUAAGCGCAAAUGGUUACACCUGAGCAAUGUCUCAAAUCUCCUUUUCUUCUCCGCACCGGUGUGGAAGAGGAAGCAUAAUCCCUUCGCAACCCCAGCAUCUUCUCUCCACGCUACUUACGGAGUAGGUAGUACGGUUGCGCGUGUACUUCUUGGUACUUGAUCGAGGCGCCGAAUCUGCGUCGUGUCGUGUCGUCGUGUGUCGUGUCAACAGUUUGGCGCAAUGCGCAGAGAGAGAGAUGAAAUCUGCCUAUCCACAUAUUGCUGUGCAAGAGAUAUCAAUGCGUCGCACAACAUAUAUGAAUAUUGUGCCUUGGGACGACAACAGCCAUCAUAUAGCUCCCUGCUUGUUUUUAGGUAUGCACAC